AAGUACGUGGACUUCGAUACAAAUUUCAUAUUCCAAGUUCACAUUAUUAUUAUAACAAAAAAACAAAAAAUAAAAAAUAAAAUAAAACUCUGUCCCACCGUCUUUAUGGGCGUGUUUGUUACACCGGACAGGCCACGUCACGACAGACCACAGCCCCAGUCGGGUGUUUGGAAAGCAAAUUGGAACGGCGGGACAACUUAUCCCGUUACUCAGUUUAUCCCACUAGAAGGGGACUGAGCUGACCCAUUGAAAUACUUGGGUCACUUUUGUCCGAGCGCCCUUCGAAGCAUCUCUGGCCGUCAUUCGAAGGUGUCUCUGGCCGACCGUUCACCACGUCUCCUCCGAUUUCUCGCCGGACCGAUCUACGGGUCUCUCCGAUUCGAAAACCCCGGUGAGUACUGCUCUUCUUCUUCUUCUUCUGCGUUCUGCUGCUUCUUAUUCUUCUUCGAACUUCCAUCUUCUUCUUCUUCUUAUUAUUAUUAUUAUUAUUUUUUUUUCUGUUUUUUGUUUUUCUUGCGGAUAUUCAGAUUUGGAUGGUUUUGCUUUGAGUCAGGUAGUUGAUUCAAAAGCCAAUAUGCAGAACGAGGAAGGAGCUAUCACUGAGCUUUAUAUGUUCCCAGAAAAUCUCUGCCACUAACAGGCUGAUAACUUCAAAGGACCACCCUUCAGUCCAGAUUAACAUUGGACAUCUGGAUGGGAAUGGUGUCUACUGUCUACACCGGCCAGUUCUCUACCUUUGCUCUUUGUGGUUUUGUUGCAUUUUCAUUUUGGCCCAAAAACGAAGGCAAAUAUAUCAAAUAGGCCCAUAACAAUUUUACAAAAACAGGCCUAGGUAAAUUAAGAAGCCCAGCCCACGUGACUUACAAUUGCAGAGAGCUUUAGCUGCAAAGUAUCGUGCAUUCAAAACCCUAGAGAUGAAACAACGUAACCAUGACAUCAGCUUCUCCUCCGAGCUCGAAGUCGCUCGUGGGCUCGUCCUCCUGUUCAGCCUUCGCAUUCCCAGGUACAAUCCGAACCCAAUCUUCAAUCUUUUCGGUUUCUUACAUCACGAAGACAAGAUUUAACCUUCACUGAUACCCACUGGUUUUGUUCCUCGCUUCUUCGCGAACACCAUUAACCCGACAAAUCCCUCCAUUUUUUUUCUCGGAGUUUCUCAUCCGAACCGGCCCCUGAACUUAAGGAUUCCGAUCACGCUAUCAUAUCCGAUAUUUUCUCCAAACACAGGGGUGUGGACUGGAUGCUAAGGAUUUAAAAAUAAAAAAUAAAAAAAAUGCUUAGGAGAAGACUUGGUUCGAUACUAUCAACCGCGAUUCUCAGCACCGCAGGUCGGACCAAACCCGUUUUUGCUACAUCGAUCCCCGUCCGACCCGUUCAGGUCUUACAGUGCCAUUAUUGCCCUAACGAAAAUCGAGGGUCUGGGUCUCAGGGUGGACUCAGAGCGUACAGUCUGCUUAGCUUGAACGAUCUGAGACCCAAGUUGCCGAGGAAGCAGAAGACCCGGAAGGGCCGUGGAAUUGGGUCCGGGAAGGGGAAGACUGCUGGUAGAGGUCAUAAGGGUCAGAAGGCCAGAGGGUCCGGAAAGCUUGGUUUCGAAGGUGGUCAGACUCCAUUACGACGUCGGUUGCCCAAGCGAGGGUUUAAGAACCCCUUUAGCCUCACGUUUCAGCCAGUAGGGUUGGGAAAGAUUGCCAAACUUAUAAAUGCAGGAAAGAUCGACUCUUCUGAGUUGAUUACAAUGAAAACACUCAAGGAUACAGGGGCAAUAGGGAAGCAAAUAAAAGAUGGAGUGAGAUUGAUGGGGCGUGGUGCUGAGCAGGUCCAGUGGCCAAUUCAUUUGGAGGUAUCAAGGGUAACUGUUAGGGCAAAGGAAGCAGUUGAAGCUGCAGGUGGAUCUGUGAGAAGAGUGUAUUACAACAAGCUAGGUUUGCGAGCAUUGCUAAAGCCUGAGUGGUUUGAAAAUAAAGGGAGGUUGUUGCCUAAAGCCGCUAGACCUCCACCAAAGCAGAGGGAUAAAGUUGAUAGCAUCGGCCGCCUGCCAGCUCCAACCAAACCUAUUCCAUUUUUGGUUGAAGAAAAGGAGGCAGUUCCCCCUUCACUCACCUCAUAACUAAGCAAAUCAAAUUCUUUUUUUUUGGUAUCAGAAUUUUGUAUUUUUAGAUGCAUUUUGAUCCCUUUAAUUGUUGUUCUGAGCUUCAUCACGAAGAAUAUUUACCCUGUUAUGCACGUGUUUUUGAAAGCUUGUUACUUCAUCAGUGGACCAGCCUCUUUUUUCCU